AUGAGGAUCGCGUGCCUUCAGUUUGCGCCGCAUGUUGCAGAUGUGGAAAACAACCUCAGCAAGGCGGACGAGAUCCUGAAUCAGGCUGACGCGGAAGACCUGCAAGUCGACCUUUUGGUGCUCCCCGAGCUGGCCUUUACCGGCUACAACUUCAAGUCUCUGGCCCAUAUAUCUCCCUAUCUCGAAGAAUGCAGCACGGGGAUUAGCUCGCUCUGGGCUCGAAACACGGCCCUCAAGCAUGACUGCACUGUCGUCGUUGGCUACCCCGAAAAGGUAGAUCCGGCGCUCAACUGGCCCACGGACCCCCAGUAUUACAACUCUGCUAUUACUGUCAACGGCGAUGGUGAGACGGUGGCCAACUAUCGCAAGGUGCACCUCUAUUACACCGAUGAGACUUGGGCUUUGGAGGGUUCCCAUGGCUUUCUUGGACAGCGAAUUCCUGGCCUGGGCCAAACUGCCAUGGGGAUCUGUAUGGACCUGAACCCGUAUAAAUUUGAAGCUCCGUGGAACAAAUUUGAAUUCGGACAGCACGUUUUGGACAGUGGUGCUCGACUCGUUGUAGUUCCUAUGGCGUGGCUCACUAAUGACGAGCAGCAGGAAUUCUUGAGCACUCUUCAGGAUCCCGACACUAUGAGUCUACUGUACUGGGUAUCACGCCUUGAGCCGCUGAUUCGUGCACACUCAAACCAAGAAGUCAUUGUCGUUUUCGCCAACCGUUGUGGCACCGAGGGUGAAACGACGUACGUCGGCACCAGUGCUGUGAUUGGUAUUCAGUCGGGUGAAAUCCACGUCUAUGGCAUUAUGGGUCGCGGAGAGACGGGCCUCCUCGUGGUUGAUACAGACUCUGAGCCAUACGCGAGGUUG